GAGCUUGGGCGAACUUAGCGCCAAGCUCACUCCCUGGCAGGACUAUUACAUCGUCUCGGUGAACAAGGUAGCUUUUGAUGCGAAGGCUAUGGCCGCUGCACUGCUGGACAGCAGGGGGACAGAUUUGUCAAGCCCUUCUCGACUUGCUUUGGGUCUACGACACGUCAGCACUAUGCAAGGGCUUUCUGUGGCCUUCGAGAAGGUCAGCUUCUCCUACGGCAGCUCAGGCUUGGUCAAGCCCGUUCUAGCGAACUUGACCUUCCAUGUGCCAAGUGGAGCCCAUGUCGGAAUCGAAGGGCCUCCGGGCUCUGGCAA